CCCAGAGCCUGGCACCGCCUCGCCAGGGCGAGGGCCGAGCCCCCGCUCCGCUCUCCCACGCCGGGCGCCGGCUGAGGGGAGGCGAGGCGAGGCCGGUCCGUGCCGUGCCGCCCCCUCCGCCCCACGCCCCGCCGCAGCCGGCGUCGCCCCGCGGCGAUCGUCCGCUGCCGCCCGGGGGUGUGGGGGGGAGCGGCCGCUGCCGGGAAGAUGGCGAGCCGCAGCCUCCGCCUGCUGCUCCUCGGCUACUUGGGGGUCCUCUGCUAUCGUAAGGCGACUGGAAUUUCUAUUGAAACGGAUAACAAAAAUGUAAAAGCAGAGGAAUUUAAGGAGGCCAUCCUUAGUUGCAAGCACAAAUUUUCAAAAGGGAUGAGUCUAAGAAUAGAAUGGAAGAAAAUCCAGUCUCAAGGAGUUUCAUUUGUCUACUACAAUGGUGAAUUUACAGGUGAUCUUAAAGACAGAGCAGAGAUGCUGAAUACAGGAAUCCGUAUUAGAAACGUGACUAGAAAGGAUUCUGGGACCUACCGCUGCGAAAUCAGUGCAAAAAGUGAAGAGGGGCAACGCCUGGGAGAGGCUACCAUUACUCUCACCGUAUUGGUUGCUCCAACUACUCCGGUAUGUGAGGUACCCAGCUCUGCAAUGACGGGAACAGUGGUGGAACUGAGCUGUAGGGAGACGGAGGGGUCCCCUCCGUCUGAGUACCAGUGGUACAAGAACGGGGUUGCCUUACUGGAAAAGACAGGAACAGGCAGUGCUAGAGCAGCAAACAUAACUUACACCAUGAAUAAAAAGUCCGGCACUCUGCUAUUUAACACCGUUACAAAGAAUGACACUGGAGAGUAUUUCUGCGAAGCCUCCAAUGGGAUUGGAUUACCUCAGAAAUGCUCAGUGAGGAGAAUGCAAGUCGAUGACCUUAAUGUAAGUGGCAUCAUCGCUGCUGUAGUAUUCGUGGCACUGGUAAUGGCAUUAUGUGGCCUUGGAGUAUUUUAUGCCCAAAAAAAGGGUUAUUUUACAAAGGAAAGUUCUUCCCAAAAGAAGUCCAACUCUCAAGCUAUGAGUGAAAAGGAUUUCAAGCAUACCAAGUCCUUUGUUAUCUAGAAGAUUUCAGCCUCUGUGAGGGACAUCAAAUGACUACUUGUUAUACAAAAAUAUCAAAGGGAUUUUUGACCUCUGUCCUGUAAAUAUUGCUUCCAUGUACUACACAGGGAAAGUAGGAAUUGCUAUUGUUUAGAUCUAGUCAACCUAUUUUUUUUUAAUAAAAAAUAAAAACAAAAAACAGACCCUUAACUUAAAGAUAUAGCUAAGUUGAAUAUUCAAGUCAAUUUUUGUGAUGACUUCUCAUUUUGUUGAUAUACACAUGCAGCAAUAAAGGAUUCACGCUUGGAACAUGGAAUAGUCUAUCCAAAUAACUUUGACAGAUGACCUUGUUACCAGUACUUUUACUACUCAAAUCUCCAGCAUUGUUAAGGGCUCAAACCGUCCCCCCAGUUCUGAUUCUAUUCUUACAAGUACUUUUACAAUGUACUGGGUUUGCCGGAGCCAUCUAGAAGUGUGUAAGUAGUUGCUCAGAGUUUAACUCACUAUGCUGGGAGAACAAAGCUGCUUGGUAAUUGAGGCCCAAACAUUGUUUUAUUUUCUAAUACAAAAUGCCUACAGCAUUUCUUCUUCGAGGAAGCAUCUCCUUCUGUGGACUGCAUAUAUAACUGCAUUAUGAAAAGAAUCAUGCCAGUACAACUAAGGCUGUAGUAUCUGGACCGUAAUUACUGAAGUGCUACAAAUAAAUAGUUCUUCAGAACCUGAA